UUGAACUGCAGCUACACGCCCUGUUAUAAAUCCUUACGCCAAAUAAAACGUUUUAAGUCUAAAACGUCCCGGUGUUCUAUCAGGCAGUGAAUCUGCAGAAAAAAGGAGAGAAAAUGGGGGCUGACAGCAACAAUGAGUUUCGCAUAAAAUUAUUUGAAGAUUCUCAAAGAGAUUCCACCCUUCGGUGUCACUUAUCUCCUGUAUUCAGUGCUGUCGAUAUGGAGAUCAGAUGGUUUAAGGAAACAGAAUGUGUGUGUUUCUAUAAGAACAGACGGCUGAUAGAGGGAGAGAGUUAUAAAGGCAUAAUGAGUCUAUGCAUCGAGGAGCUGAAGAGAGGAAUUGUGUCCUUACAGCUGAAGGAUGUCAAAGAAUCAUGUGUUGGUGAUUACCUCUGUCAGGUCACCAGUGGAAACAAGAUGGCGGAAAUAACAAUAAGAGCAUCAUUACAGACCUAUAAAGAUCAGAAUGAAACGUCUCAACAAAUAACCACACUAGGGACUGAACAGACUGAAAAACAAUGGACUGAUAUGGAGAGAAUAAACAUGGUAAAUUCUGCUUUAUUGGCAGUUUUCAAUACUCUAGAAAAAAACGAUCUGCAAAAGAAAGAUCCCCAGGGCGCCGAUGCUGCAGCGAUGCAGACAGACAUAAACAUUGAAGAGAACCAGGAUCAGACUGAGAAGAAAGACACACAACAGGAAUAUACAAGCAGACGUAUGAAUGAGAGCAUGGAUUUCUCAAAGAUGGAGAUGGAUACCAGUGAACCGGUGGAAACUACACCAGGAAACAAUACCUCCUAUUUGCGUAAUCAACAACCGGCAUGUUCAAGUCAGAAAUCACUGGCCAGUGAUGUUAAAGUGUAUGUCUUUUCGAGUGGAAAUACAAAAUGCUAUGACAAGACUUUUACUGACAUACUAAAAAGCAGAAUUGAGAAUCUGACAGAAGAUCCGUCCGUGUACCAGAGCGACAUCAUUCUGGCUUUCUGUCCCGUUGUUUCCCGAGCUGGAACCGACAUUGACACAGCUCUUGAAAUAUUCAAUUACAAGACAGAAACUCAGCUGGCUGUUCUAGUGGUGCUUCAUCACACGUUUGACUCGAAGAAAGUGAUCCCAGACAGCAGCCGAUAUGUAAAGAGGACAGACAUACUCACAGUGGACUGUCUGUUCAAUGAGGAUACAGGAUUACUGAACUGUCAGAAGAAUUUAGCUGCGGCUGACAAAGUUGUGAACUGGUUAAUACAACAGAGGAUUCAAACAGGUGUCAAAAUACAUCUACGUCAAAAUUUAACAACAAACUACUUGACAACCCCAGGAAAAAUCCAACAAAAAAGUGAACAACUAACAUCAAGGUUCAGUUCAUUUCUAAAAAGGAAAAUGGGAAACAACGAACCUAGUUCAAUCCCAGUUCAUUCUCUAGAAAAGGUCAAAGUGUUCUCCAUUUUUUCUGGAAAGAUAAAAAACUGUCAGAAGGAGUUUUAUGGCAUCCUGAGAAACCGAAUUGAGAAUCUGAAGGAAGGUCGCACGGUGGACGAAAGCGACAUUAUUUUACUUUUCUGUCCUAUUUUUUCUCGACCUGGAACUGACAUUGAUUCAGCACUGAACAAGAUCACUUACUCUACAGGCUCUAAGCCUACUGUUCUAGUGGUGCUUCAUCACACGUUUGACUCUGAGAAAGUGGUCCUAGACAGCAGCCAAUAUGUAAAGAGGACAGACAUACUCACAGUGGACUGUCUGUUCAAUGAGGAUACAGGAUUACUGAAGUGUCAGAAGAACUCAGAUGCGGCUCACAAAGCUGUGAACUGGUUAAAACAGCAGGGAGAAAAAAGAGGCAUCACAGUACCGUGUCAGUACAAAUCAUCUAGGUCUCCAUAUACAUUGACACCUUCAGUAACAGGACAUACAGUGGAUUUUCCAAAACAGAAACCUAAUGUGCGAGAUUCCUCCUGUCCAGUGGAUUAUUUUGUCCAUGUGACUAAAGACACAUUCAAGUGUGAUGAGGACUUUAUAAAGAGUUUACAGCAACGGGUGUCUCUGAGGAAAGUUCAGAAAGUGCAGGAGAGUGAAAUCCUUCUGCUCUUCUGUCCUGUUUAUUCACAAUCUGACAUCUCUUCAGCAUUACAAGAGUACCACAAGAUAUCAGACAAACCUGCUGUUGUAAUUUUUCUCCAUGAGACACUGGAUUCAGGCUCUGUCCCAAACAGCGGUGAAUAUGUAAAAAUAAAGGACAGUUUAGUGGUGGAUUGCAUUUUCUGUGAUGGUGAAGGACUGCCUGAAUGCGGAAAAAAUUGGGAAGCAAUUUCUGCAGCCGCAGACUGGAUAAAAAAUAAGUUGAGAGACCACUAAAUCAUCUCCCCAACCAUUCAGAAAGAUCCUGUGAUUCCUAACUCCACUCCUCACGGUUGAGAUCGGCUUUAACUUGCGUCCGUCAAGUGCUGAUGUUUUGCUUCAUGUAUUUUGUGAUAUUUGCAGUAAUAGAAUCAGCUGUCUAAUUAGCAUCCAGUUUUUUUCCAGCCACAGUCAACUAAAAACAGAUGUCAUUUAGGUCUUUGUUUUGUGGACUAUGGCAUGCGCUUCAAUUGUAUUUACAGAAGCCUAACAUGUUGACGGGCAUUUACAAAACUUUAUAGUGAAUAGUUCAAAAGUCCUAUUGGCUACUAAUGUAUUCAGAUAAAUGACCCGACAGCUGUAUAGCUCUCCUUGCCGAAUGGCAAAGGUAUUAUAAUAAACCAACUUCUGUCUAAAGCCUUAUGUUAAUGUAGAGGCUAAUAUAACUAUGUAACAAAUUAGCUCAGUUUAUGUGAAUUUAAAUAGGAGAUUUGUAGUGACUUGUUCCUGUGUUUGUGUUAAGUAAUCAUAUCUGCAUGAUCUAUUGAUAGGUUCUGUCUGCUACUGUGCCUUUACUCUAAACUGUUACCUUAUACUUAUAAUUACAAAUCGCAUUCAAUUUUGUGUGUAUUUGUGUCUUUUGUUCAACUGUAUUAUUUUGUCAUUUUUUUGUUUACUCUCUUAACUUUUUAGGUCUAUAUAUGUCUUAAUAAAUGAGUCUGAUGA